GCAGAGAAGUAGUGAUGGGGAAAUGAUCCGACGUGGAGGAAUUAUGAUCAGAUGUGGGAAGAGAGGAAUAGAAAGAGAGAGAGAGAGAGUGAAGCAUCCAUAUUUUGUCUAAAUCUGAAUGAAGAUGGCGCUGGUGAACACGAAGGUACCUGCCCAACUGCAAUGGCGCAGGAGUGUAGCACCCACAACCACAACAACAACGCUGGCGUUUACCAAUACCCAUUCUAUUGCAGUGGGUCAGUGCCGUGCCCUUGUGUUGCCUCAAUCAAAUUGGAUUUGUUUGACAGGGAGAGGGAGAAGAAGAGAAUGGAGGGUGAAAUGCAGCAGCAGCAGCAGCAGCAGCGGCGGUGGUGCGGAAAUUGAGAAAGGGGCAGUGAAUUUUGGGCCGGGGAGCCCAGUGAGGGCAACCAGCAUACUGGUGGUUGGUGCGACGGGAACCCUGGGAAGGCAGAUUGUGCGGCGGGCCCUUGACGAAGGCUACGACGUUAGGUGUCUGGUGAGGCCCAGGCCCGCUCCUGCCGACUUCCUUCGCGACUGGGGAGCAACCGUUGUCAAUGCUGACCUGAGUAAACCAGAGACCAUUCCUGCUACCUUAGUCGGCAUACAUACUGUCAUUGACUGCGCCACAGGCCGUCCCGAGGAGCCCAUCAAAACCGUAGACUGGGAAGGAAAAGUGGCUCUCAUACAAUGUGCUAAGGCAAUGGGAAUUCAGAAAUACAUCUUCUAUUCCAUCCAUAACUGUGACAAACAUCCCGAGGUUCCCCUCAUGGAGAUCAAGUUUUGUACUGAGAAGUUCCUCAGAGAUUCUGGCCUCAACCACGUCAUAAUCCGCUUAUGCGGUUUCAUGCAGGGUCUUAUUGGUCAGUAUGCAGUUCCUAUCCUGGAAGAAAAAUCUGUUUGGGGAACUGAUGCCCCCACCAGAAUUGCUUACAUGGAUACUCAGGAUAUAGCUCGCUUGACUUUUAUAGCCAUACGAAAUGACAAUUUAAAUGGCAAACUUCUUACAUUUGCUGGUCCUCGUGCUUGGACAACCCAAGAGGUGAUAACCUUGUGCGAGAGGCUUGCUGGCCAAGAUGCUAAUGUAACUACAGUUCCAGUCUCCAUUUUGAGACUCACUCGUCAGUUGACUCGGUUUUUUGAGUGGACAAAUGAUGUUGCUGACAGACUCGCAUUUUCAGAGGUCCUUACCAGCGAUACUGUAUUUUCUGUUCCAAUGGCGGAGACAUACAAUCUUCUUGGGGUCGAUUCAAAAGACAUUGUUUCCCUAGAGAAGUAUUUGCAGGAUUACUUCACUAACAUAUUAAAGAAAUUGAAGGAUCUCAAGGCCCAGUCAAAGCAAACCGAUAUUUACUUCUGAAAGAUUAUUUCUAAUUGAAAACGAGUUAACUGAUGUAGAUAUCUAGAAAUCUCAUUAAGAUGCUUCGGCUAUGUAUAUUUAUUAUAUAAAAAAAUUUGUACGAUUGAUGUGCCAAAAAUUAAAACAUAUUAUCUGUUUACAUAAGUAAACUUGUGACGUACAUUCUUAUAUGCAUACAUUUGUACAUAUUUUA